AUGGCAGAACUCAACAGCAGACAGCUGGCUAUUCUAUUGCAGAAUUGGAACCAUCCAGUCAUCAAGCCUUUCCUUGCCACAGCCGCAGCGGGUCUAGCAGCCAUUACUGUCUACGAGAGAGGGAUUCCAAUCGACAUCGAUAUCAAGCGGCUCAACCAUUUCAUAGCACACCUCGCCGCGCCUGAGUUAGGGAGGGGUUUGUACACACCUAAUAAAUACAUGAGCCCUGUCCAUCCGACAACCCAGAUCUUUGGAAUUUUGGAGCCAGAACUAUCUUCUACCGCUAAGAUCCCCGCCCGUACAAGCGUGCUGGAACUCUCAGAUAUUCUUAGUAGCAUGGAAACCGAUGGCGCAAACACACAUUUUCAGACCACGCCAGACAUCCCCACUAUCAUCCAUCAUAUUGGCAGUGACGGUACACACGUACACCAAGCGACGUCACAUCUCAUCACACCUACUCCGGUACUUUCGUCACAUAUUUCGGGAGCACCAUACACUACCACAACUCUUUUGAACGACACACAAGCGCAGAAUGCUAGCAUUGCUAGCAACGGUGGUACUCUCGGCCUUGCUACAGCUGGCCUCGUGGCUACAGGGGCUAUCUUCUUGCACAAGAAGUUUAGCAACUACAGAAAGGCCCAAGCGCAGAGGCUUACCGACGAGCAACUGACAGCAUAUUUGACGCUACAGCUCGACGAUUUCAAGGCCUCCAAAAUCACAGAUGAACAACUCAUAGCACAUUUGAAGCUACAGCUUGAUGAUGUCACGGCUUCCAAUUUCAAGAUUGAGACUGCGCUUAAGUUGGCGGAGAACGACCUGCGCAUGUCCAACGAAGAUAAGAACCGGCUCCGAGGGCAACUAUCUGAAUACAGUACCCUUUCUGAUAGACUCGCCCAAGAUCUAGGCAAAGCAGAGUUGGAGGGAAAUCAGAACACCAAGAUGAGUAAUGACAUCAUCAAGCGUCUCGAAGAGUCUGUCGCCGUCUUAGAGAAGAACCGGAGCACAGAGAUGCAAGCAAAGAGCCAACUCCAAGAUGAGCUAUCUGAAGCACAGUCGACUGUCAGCAUUCUCCAAGAUGAGAAAGCUGCUCAUGACCUUGAAGUUCAGAAGCAGUUACGAGCGUUCCGGCUAAAGAUGGUCGAUCUUACCAAUCAGCUUCACUCUGCAGAUGCCGAAAAGACCAAGCUUAUGGAUCAGCUAGCAGCCAGUGAGGCUGCUGCUAACGGUACCCAACAACGGAUGUCUAACAAGAUCAAUGAGCUCGACCGGCAAAACACUAGCCAUAAAUCCCGUUCGUUGAAAGCUGAGGAAGAUCUAGAGAAGCAGAUGGCCACCGCUAAGGUUCUGCGCCAAGAGGCGCGUGAAGCAAACAUCGCUCUCGAGACUGCUAAAGAAAGGAUCUCCCAGCUCGAGAAUGAGAAGAAAGUCAUGGACUUGUGCAAGCAAAGCGUCUCUAAGACUUGUGGUGAGGUUGACGACGAUGAUGACCCCAACCAUGGCACCACUGGCUCGACCGAAGGCAGUCAGCAAGAUAGCUUACAGCAGGAGGCUUAUCCAACUAGUACGCCAGAAUCUUCUUCACAAGCUAUCACUGUUGAGGGCGAUGAAGAGCUGUCACAAAUGUCGAUGACAUCUUCAGUUUCACUGUCUGGCGAACUGAACAUCCCCCGUCGAAAGAAGCGUGAGUUUUGGCACAGUCACUGGAGAGAGAUCAACUCAAAGAAACCCGACUUUGAUGACGCAGUGUAUGAGCUGGAGCUUCCAUGUUUCGAUGCUAGGUUCAGCAGCAUUGGGAUAGUACGUCCGGCAGAGAACCACGAAGAUCGGACGUUGGAGAGCGGGAAAGUGGUCGAGCACACCAAGUGCAAUCUCUGUCUUCAGUGGUACACGAAGAAAGACAUGUACGAUCACUUGAAGACUUGCAAGGCUUUUUGGGAGCUUGCUGUACGUUGUGGUCAUUGCAAAAAGAUCUUCAAGUACAACACUGCUUUCUUCGACGAACAUGCUCCAAAUUGCAAGACGAGGUCAAUGGAGGAUGACUGCUCGGAUGAGCAUUUUACGCUUGCAAAGUCUGAAGCUGACGCGACCACGACACAGAACUCUCAGCGGGUCAACCCGAGCUCCAGUGCGUCCAUUGUCCCUGGAAAGCAGAUCAACCCCGACGCGCCACCCUUCACACCCGGAGGCUCACUACCAGGCCACGAAAAACCUAUUCCUACUGGUCCUCGCUAUACCGGGUCAAAUUUCCAGCAGGGUCGAGGUGCAUCAUUCACCGGCCCACAAUCUACACGCUCACCUCGAAACACGCCCUACAUGAUGCUACGCGGCGUCUCGCCAGCUUAUGGAUCGGGGUUCGGAACACAUUACCCAACUGCCUGUCCUCCCAAUGGACCCCAGGCAUAUUCGGCGCCGCGCGACAACUCGCAGGCGCACAGAUAUCCUGGACAGCAACAGCAAGGCUACCCACAGACUCCUCAUACUUUCUCUUCGUUUGGCCCAGGCUACAUCCCCCGAGGAUGA